CACGUACGAUUUGUCUGUCAAUUUCGAUUACGAAUCACUGUUUGGUAGUGUAAUUUAGUUAGAUAUAGUGAAUAGAUCGGAUUUUACUUUGUUUAUCAUUUUGGAAUUUCGGGCACGAAUCAAAAUCCUCUCGAAAUUAUGGCCGAUUUUGCUUGGCCAUGGGAAUACAGUUUUCCACCAUUUUACACGAUUCAGAUGCAUGCAAAAACGCGUGAAACUCAACUGAACACUUGGGCCGAUUUGGUGAUGAAAUACCAGAAAUCAUUGAAGCAACCCGUUCUCAAUAUCAACGAUGAAAAUACGGAUUUAUUUGUGAACAAGGAAUUGAAUCGACGUCUGAAUGUCGACGGCCGAACAUUAGUAAUGAGCACAUUAGAGAAAUCAGCCCAUGCCGCACCGGUCGAUCCGAAGAAACGGGACCUAUGGGAAGUAUACUGGUUUACACUGGACGAAUGGGCCAAUUUGGUUUACAAAUGGGUUUCCGACAAUGCAAUGAUUGGUCAAGUGUGCACCACAUUCGAAAUAACCAACGGCGACAAUUCCACCGAUCAAGAAUUCUAUGGACUUAGCAAUGACAUCCUAUUGAAAAUCCUAAGACGAUUAGAACAAUCCGGCCGAUGUGAACUGAUCGAUGAAGAAGGAGUGAAAUUCUUUUGAUUAUACUUUCAAUUAUUCACAUAACCGUGAUGAAACUCACCACACACUUCGGCGUCAAUAAUAUAGAUGCACCGAAAUAUGAUUUAAAAACAAAUGCUGUUAAAUAAAUUAUAAUAACUUUAUAAGUGAAUAAAAAAAAAAAUCUUAUUUUUUUUACUUUACAAUAUGAA